UUGAACAGUCGGCAUAUCUCGAGUCAUACGACAAAGUGAUGAACACUAAUGUCCGGAGUAUUCAAGUAUUGACUCAAUUAGUGGUUCCAUAUCUCGAGUCAACCAAAGGAAACAUUAUUAACAUCUCGAGUGUGGCCGCACUUAUACCCUUUCCACAAGCCAUGGCAUACUGUAUGGCCAAAAGUGCCCUGGACAUGUUUACCAAAUGUCUAGCCCUACAAUUGGGACCAAAGGGCAUUCGAGUGAAUAGUAUUAACCCGGCUGCAAUCCGAACCCCCAUUUUUGAGACAAUGACCGGUGACUCAAAUUUGUUGGCACUCAUGGAGAAGACGUGUCGCGACACAUAUCCGUUGCAACGAAUCGGUGAACCCGAGGACGUGGCCGAAGCCGUCGUAUUUCUGGCCUCACCUACCAGUGCCUCAUUCAUUACGGGCCUCAUUAUGCCAGUGGACGGCGGAGCUCUUAGAGCACCGGCACCUAAAGGCGACUAUCAAAAACAGUAGCUCUUUAAGUAUUACAGCCGCAAUUUUAGCUACUGGGCUAAAUUGGGCAUAAAAGGCCCCACACCUAUUGUAGGCUUUGGCAACGUGUUGACCAAGUUCAUUUGGGAGAAAACGGAGGUCGAGGUGUACUGGAUCUCAAAAUAUGGCAAACUCUAUGGUCUAUACGACGGCAACCAACCGGUGCUAUCGGUAGGCGAUCCCAAACUCCUGAAGGACGUAUUGGUCAGAGACUUUCACAUCUUCGACGACCGGAUCAACAACCGAUUCAGUCACCCGUUGCUGAGCCACGACAUGAACGUCGUCGUCGGAAACGAGUGGAAACGGCAACGAUCUGUCAUUAGCCCGAUCUUCACGUCCGGCAAAAUGCGAACAAUGUAUCCAUUGAUCCGGGAAUGUGUCACCGAAUUGCUGGAUGUCAUGCAGACCUACGCGGCCACCGGUCUCGAGGUCGACAUGAAGAGGUUGUUCAGCAACUAUACCAUUGACGUGAUAUCCA